AUGGACUGUGGACGCUUGGUUGAGAGCAGGGAGGAGAUCUCCAGCCCGGGCGCAGAGCCCGAUUCUGCUGCCGGCAGCAACUCCUGCCCACCCUCGGCGGCUGGGCAGCGGGCUGGGGCCCCCCCUGGCAGACCCGCUGCCGCCAACGCCGCUCGGGAGCGCAGUCGGGUUCAAACCCUGCGCCAUGCCUUCCUCGAGCUGCAGAAGACUCUCCCCUCAGUGCCGCCCGACACCAAGCUCUCCAAGCUGGAUGUCCUCCUCCUGGCCACCACCUAUAUCGCACACCUCACUCGCAGCCUUCAGGAUGAGGAAGAGUCACCAGGAGAGGGGUUGGGUACCCUCCGAGGGGACGGAUACCUCCACCCUGUCAAGAAGUGGCCAAUGCGUUCCAGGUUAUACAUUGGAGCUACAGGACAGUUUUUGACUCACUCAGCCCAAGGAGACGGCGCAAACCAAGGGGAAGCAUCAACAACUUCACAAAUCUAA